AUGACCACCUUCACAAAAAUCUCAAGUAGAACGGAGGCCUCAAUACUUAUUGAUGGCCGCCGUGCACUCUAUGAUAUCGACCCUCUAAUAUACUCUGGUUUCACGGAGCACAUGGGAAGAUGUAUCUAUGGCGGGAUUUAUGACCCAGGGAAUCCCCUCUCCGAUUCAAAAGGGUUUCGAAAGGACGUUAUGGAUGCACUCCGAGAUCUUAAAGUGCCAUGUUUUCGAUACCCGGGAGGGAACUUCGUUUGCACAUAUUCUUGGUUGGAUGGUGUUGGGCCCCGUGAAGCCCGGCCAAAACGCCCAGAGCUUGCCUGGAAGGGUGUCGAAAGUAAUCAAUUCGGGACGGAUGAUUUCAUGGAGUGGUGCCAGGCGCUUGGGGCUGAACCAUAUAUUUGUCUAAACAUGGCAACUGGGACCCUCAUGGAAGCCUUAGGAUGGCUAGAGUAUUGUAACUCUGAUCAGGAUACUUAUUACGCAAACCUGCGGCGAAAAAAUGGAAGGGAUAAGCCUUAUAAAGUAAAAUAUUGGGCACUUGGAAACGAGAUGUGGGGCCCGUGGCAAGUCGGGCAAAUGACGAAAGAAGAUUAUGCAAAGAAAGCGCAUCAGUGGGGAAAGGCCCUAAAGCUCCUUGAUCCAAGCAUAAAACUUAUUCUGUGUGGAGAGAACGGCACUAGCGAUUGGGAUAGAUAUGUUCUCCAGAAUUCCAUUGAAUAUAUCGAUAUGCACUCUAUUCACAUAUAUACUGCCGACCCUGAGCAUGUUCCGAAUGUUAUAGCCCCGCUAUCCGCAGAGCGUGCGAUCGAAGUAACAGCUUCAUUAAUCGACCUUGCACGCAUCAACAAUCGUUUGACGAAUCCGCCAACUUCUGAUAAUCAUAUCAUUCACAAACCGACAAUUUGUUUCGACGAAUGGAAUGUUUGGAUGUAUACGCGCGCUCCUGGAGACCAGGGUGCGGAGGAGAGCUAUACUCUAUCAGAUGCAUUAGCAGUUGGCGUAUGGCUAAAUGUUUUCAUCCGCCAGGCAAGGUACUUAGGGAUGGCGAAUAUAGCACAAUCAGUGAAUGUAAUAUCUCCAUUGAUGACAACCAAGGGAGGCAUUGUCAGACAGACGUCAUACUAUGUUCUCUAUCUUUUCUCUAACUAUAUGAGAGGGAAAACUUUGGGGGUCCACCUUAGCGCUGGAACAUAUGAAGGCAGAACAGUGCCGGAAUGGAUCGGUACAACAAUGGAAGUGCCCUGGCUCGACGUCUCUGGCGCUAUUUCCGAAGAUGGAACGAUAAACCUAAGCGUGGUUAAUAUUUCGGAAGAUGAAGAUAUUCUGACACAGUUAUCUAUCGCGGAGGGCACGAAGGUCCAGGUUUUUAGAAUUGGGGGAAGUAGGUUCAAGAUAACUGAUACUAAUAUGGCUGGAGAAGAAGUCAUAAAAAUCCAAGAGGAUACCUGGUCAGCAAGUGGAAAUUAUAAUUUUGAGAAGAGGAGUUAUACCCUCCUUCGUUGGAGAUAA